AUGAAGUUCACCGCCGAGUUCACAAUCCUCACCCUGGCCAUGGGCGUCUUCGCCGAGCCCGCCACCAAGGUCGUCGCCGAGCGUGACCUGGCCACCAUCCAGAACGUCAUCACAAAUGUCGGCAACUCCCUCAAGGAUCUCAACAAGGCCGUCGACGGUUUCAACGGCGAUCUCUCCCCCCUAGCCACCGCCGCGGGAGGCUUCGGCAAUGUCUUGAGUCAGGGCACACAGCAGGUCAUGGGCACGAGCGAGAUCACGCUCAACGAGGCACUGCAGCUUCAGCAGUUCGUCUCGGGUCUCCAGAGCGACGGCAACGCCCUCACCAAGAACCUCGAGAAGAAGAAGCCCGAGUUCGAGAAGGCCAACCUGUGCGGCGUCAUCUCCUCACAAGUCGGCACCGUCGGCGACAAUGCGAAGAAGCUCAUUGAUGCCAUCGUUUCCAAGGUGCCCCAGAGCGUCCAGUCUGUCGCCAGCCAGCUUGCCGGCGGCUUCUCCUCGACCUUGUCCUCGACCCAGGCCAGCUUUGCCGAAGGCAACUGCACCAACGCCAACAGUGCCGGCAACGCCCUCCAGCCCCCUACUGCCGGUUCCAACGCCGUCUACGCCAGCCUCGGCUCCGUUGCCGCCGCGGCGUUUGCUGCCCUGUUGUUGUAA